CACAUCCGGGAGCCCUGCCGCGCGCCAGGUGUGCACUCACCGGGGCCCGCAGCCCGCGAGCCUCGGACGCGGGCCGCCGCCGCCGCCGCCUCAGGCCCUCCACGUCAGCCAGCGGGCGGGCAGGAGCGGCCGGCGGCGCAGGAGGCAGACGCGUCACGUGGGCCGCAAUGCACAUGCGCCGUCGUGCCGCCCCUCCGCCCCCAGCGGCGGAGAGCUGACCGACCCCUCCCGCCCCCGAGCUCGCGCGUUCCUGCAGGACGAGAGUCGCGAUUAUCUAAAGACACAGGGAAAAUGGUGGAAAACUCACCGUCGCCAUUGCCAGAAAGAGCGAUUUAUGGCUUUGUCCUUUUCUUAAGCUCCCAAUUUGGCUUCAGUAAGUACUUUCCUGAUGGAUGGCCAGGGCCUUUCUCUGGUGUUCAAGGACAGGACAGGACAUUAUUGUAUUUGUUUGUAGAAUGUGCACACAGGAACUGUGAUUCUUUAUUCUUCAUCUGUGAAAGGGUGGUGAUGUUACCAAAUGCUUAUGAAGCAUAA